AAAAAAAAAAAAAAAAAACACAGAAGCCGAAGCAGACGCCUUUCUGAUCCCCCUGGCUUCACUCUGUUCGUCUGGUCCACCCAUCGACCCCCGGAUCUCAGUUGGCUUUCCUGCCCCGAGAUGCUGAAGCAGGCAGUGGAACACAGAGGAGGCUUCUCUUUCGAGAACUGCCAGAGGAAUGCGUCCUUGGAACAGGUCCUCUCGGGCCUUCGGGUCCCUCAUGCACGCAAAACCGGGACUACCAUCGCGGGACUUGUGUUCCGAGAUGGAGUUAUCUUGGGCGCGGAUACACGGGCCACUAACGAUUCGGUCGUGGUGGACAAAAGCUGCGAGAAGAUCCACUUCAUCGCCCCCAAAAUCUACUGCUGUGGAGCUGGAGUGGCUGCGGACACUGAGAUGACCACGCGGAUGGCAGCUUCCAAGAUGGAGCUACACGCGCUGUCCACCGGCCGUGAGCCUCGGGUGGCCACGGUCACCCGUAUCCUGCGCCAGACACUCUUCCGGUACCAAGGCCACGUGGGAGCAUCACUGAUCGUGGGCGGGGUUGAUCUGACCGGGCCUCAACUCUAUGGCGUGCACCCCCACGGUUCCUACAGCCGUCUGCCCUUUACUGCCCUGGGCUCUGGACAGGAUGCAGCCUUGGCACUGUUGGAGGACAGGUUCCAGCCAAACAUGACGCUGGAGGCUGCACAAGAGCUGUUGGUGGAAGCCAUCACUGCAGGGAUCCUGGGUGACCUGGGCUCUGGAGGCAGUGUGGAUGCAUGUGUGAUCACUGCAACAGGCGCCCAGCUGCUGAGGACACUGAGCUCUCCCACAAAGCCAGUGCAGAGAACUGGCCGUUACCACUUUGCUCCUGGAACCACAGCUGUCCUGACCCAGGAAGUAAGACCUCUGAACCUGGAGCUUCUGGAGGAAACGGUGCAGACCAUGGAGGUGGAAUAAAGUGGCCUAAGACUUAGAGCUUGGUACAGGGGGAAUAAACCCCGGAAAUACAAACAUUUAAACAGAA